AUGUCAUCUCGAUUACUCUCCCGAUCAACAUUAAUCCGACCUGAAUUGAUCUCUCGGUCAAUCCGACCCGUCCAAUCCGUGAAUGCUGUUCGAUCGUACAGCACGUCACCAAACCCCUCAUCACCUAAUCUCAGAACGACAGCUUUCCUCUCUGUUGCUUUAUUAACAUCUGCAUAUCUCGUAUAUCGAUAUGAGACGUCUCCGACAUCCCCUGCUACUGAAGAUGGAAGUUUGAACGCUAUCUACGGAGAGAAGUUUGAUAUAAGGAUACGAGGUUCAAGGGGUGUGCGAUCAUACGAAUUCAAUCGUAAAUCCGAAAAGGAAGUGGAAAGGAUACUGAAAGAAAAUGAGAGUGGUGAAAAGGAUGUAGGCAGGAAAGGUAAUCCUGUAAUUAGAUGGGAUACAAAUUGGGUUGGUUCAAAUGAACCUUGUGAAGAUCGAUUCGCAUCAAAUCUCAUUCCAAGGAAGUCUACAUCUUCAAACGCAAACGAUGGGUCAGAUAUACAAUCAGAUGAAGGAAAGAAAGACCUCUUGUUAUUCUCCAUUAUCGAUGGUCAUGCUGGAGAUGCUACUUCCAGACUAUUGAAGGAAACUUUGAACCCUGUUAUAGCGAUCUCUUUGGCUGGAUUACAAGCUGGAUUUCUACCUCCAGCUGAAUCUACUGGAUGGAAGUAUUGGACAGAGAAGCUGAAUCCGACAUCUUGGUUUUACAGUGGGAAGGCCGAAUCUGCGUGGAAGCCUGAGAAUGUUACGAAAACAUUGCAAUAUGCAUUUACACAACUAGAUGAUCACAUCUGUCAGUCACCCAUCAGACUUCUCAAUGAAAUGAGAUCAGCUUCUAGCGCCAACCUCGUAUCAUCUGAUAAACCAACGCCUCGAGAAACUCUAGUUGCUCUAUCUCAACCUGCCACAGCUGGAGCAUGCGCAAUGACGACACUUGUUGAUUCCGAGAAUCAAGAUUUGUACGUGGCGUUGGUAGGAGAUUGUAGAGCUGUUGCAGGUUGGCAAACUGCUGAUGGAAAAUGGAGAUGUGAUGCUCUGACUGAGGAUCAGAUGGGUGAAAACCUAAAAGAAGUCGAAAGAGUGCGAAAAGAGCAUCCUCACUCGGAGCGCGAUACUGUGAUAAAGAACGGUAGAGUGCAAGGUGGACUACAACCUACUCGAGCGAUGGGCGAUGCCGUUUACAAGUGGCCUACUGAACAAGGAAAUGCAAUUGCUAAAGCUUACAAAGAAGAAAAUGUCAAGCCUCGUCCUGUAAGACCAUGGAAUUUUACUCCCCCAUAUGUUUCGGCGAAACCAGAGGUGACAUAUAGGAAAUUAACCAAUGAUAAAGGGGAUAAGUUGAAAUUUGUCAUCAUGGCAACUGAUGGUCUGUGGGAUCGUUUAACUUCGGAAGAAUCGGUUCUACUGCUAGCUUCUUAUCUAUCACAUUCUACUCAUCCAGAUAUACCUAAAACUCAACUACCAAAGCUAUUCCCUCUUGUUCAACCCACAGAGGAACGUCCUUACCCUGUGCAAGAGUUACCUCAACCUACAGGUGCAUCAUGGGCCUAUGAAGGAGACUCAAAUGCGGCUACUCAUCUGAUCAGGAAUUCUUUGGCUGGAGCGAACAGGAAGAAUAUGGCUGAAUUGUUAAGUAUGACUGGUGAAGUGACCAGAGAGAUGAGGGACGACGUUACUUGCACCGUGAUAUUCUUUGACGAUGCGAACAGGUAA